UUUGACGAUUGAGGUGUGAGAACUGAGAAUAGAGAGUAAUGGGAGGGCGAGCCGUAACCAAGUUGAUGGCCUCAAUCGCGUCGCGCCGCCACAGCAUCCGCCAUCUGACGGGUGCGGCAGCGGCGCCGGCGGUGUUCGUUGACAAGAGCACGCGCGUGAUCUGCCAAGGGAUCACGGGGAAGAACGGCACCUUCCACACGGAACAAGCAAUCGAAUACGGAACGAAGAUGGUUGGUGGUGUUACCCCUAAGAAAGGUGGAACCGAACACUUGGGGCUUCCUGUCUUCAACACCGUUGCGGAAGCCAAAGCCGAAACCAAAGCCAAUGCUUCCGUCAUCUACGUUCCUCCACCUUUCGCUGCCGCUGCUAUCUUCGAAGCCAUGGAGGCUGAACUGGAUCUCGUUGUCUGCAUCACUGAAGGCAUUCCCCAACAUGAUAUGGUGCGAGUUAAAGCAGCACUUAACAGGCAGUCCAAAACUCGUCUGAUAGGACCUAACUGCCCUGGUAUCAUCAAGCCUGGGGAAUGUAAAAUUGGAAUCAUGCCGGGUUACAUUCAUAAACCUGGCCGCAUCGGAAUUGUUUCUCGCUCUGGUACCUUGACAUAUGAAGCGGUUUUCCAAACUACUGCUGUUGGCCUGGGACAAUCCACUUGUGUGGGUAUAGGAGGAGAUCCCUUCAAUGGAACAAACUUUGUUGAUUGCCUUAAGAAGUUCUUGGCAGAUCCUCAGACAGAAGGUAUCAUUCUUAUAGGAGAGAUAGGAGGAACUGCAGAAGAGGAUGCUGCCGCACUAAUUAAGGAAAGUGGUACUGAGAAGCCUGUUGUUGCAUUCAUUGCUGGACUAACUGCUCCCCCUGGCCGUCGUAUGGGUCAUGCUGGAGCUAUUGUGUCAGGUGGCAAGGGUACUGCACAAGACAAAAUUAAAACCCUAAGGGAAGCUGGGGUCACAGUUGUGGAGUCUCCUGCUAAAAUUGGAGCUGCCAUGCUAGAUGUUUUCAAGCAGAAGGGCUUGGUGCAAUAGUUUGUGUUGAUUUAAUUUUAUCCAAUCAUUUCGGUUUUGAUUGUCUAACACAUUGAAAACACUAGAUUCCCAUUGAUAAUAAUGGGUUAUUUUUUCCUUUUUGUUUUUUUUAAAGCUGUGAGAGGUACAUUAAAAUAAAAGUAAUUCAAGAUGCUUUAUAUUUCCGGAAAGUUUGAUGCGGUCCUUUUGAGCUUCAGUUUUUGAUUUUUUGUGGCACCGAUUUUUGAUUUUGAGCUUCAGUGAAGUUCGAACAACUUCAAAUUAUGUCGUCAAGGUUGCUCGGUCAUGUAA